UCACUACGCUCUGUUAGUGCCGCAGCCAUCUUCGUUCUUCUCCAAUCUUACCACGCCAGAUUAUUUCACUUCUGUGAUUUCCCGCAUACAAGAGAAUGUCGUCACGUUUCUGGACUCAGGGUGGUAGCGACUCCGAGGAGGAGGAGAGUGAUUAUGAGGACGAGGUUGAAACUGGGGGAGCUGAGGCCACCACCGAAACUGCUGGAAGCAGAUACCUGAAGGGCAUGGCAAGUGAUAGUGAUGAUUCUGAUGGUCAAAAGCGAGUGGUCAGGUCAGCCAAGGACAAACGAUUUGAAGAGAUGACUGCCACAGUUGACCAGAUGAAGAAUGCUAUGAAGAUCAAUGAUUGGGUUAGCUUGCAAGAGAGUUUUGACAAGAUAAAUAAGCAGCUUGAGAAGGUCAUGAGGGUGACUGAGUCUGUCAAGGUUCCUAAUCUAUAUAUCAAAGCUCUUGUGAUGUUGGAGGACUUUUUGAACCAAGCUUUGGCAAAUAAGGAAGCUAAAAAGAAGAUGAGUAGCAGCAAUGCGAAAGCCUUGAAUUCCAUGAAGCAGAAACUGAAAAAGAACAAUAAGCAAUAUGAAGAUUUGAUUAAUAAGUGUAGGGAGAAUCCUGAGAGUGAAGAGGAGAAGGAUGAAGAUGAGGAAUCUGAGGAGGAUGAAGAUGAGGAAUCAGAGUUUGAGGAGGAUCCUGACAACAUUAGAAUUGGAGAAGGAUCUGAUGCUGAUGAGGAGGAGGAAGAAGAAGAAGAUGAUGAUGUUAAUGACAAGGGCUGGGAGAAGAAGUUGAGUAAGAAAGAUAAGCUGAUUGACAAGCAAUUCAAGAAUCCUAGUGAGGUCACCUGGGAAACUGUUAACAAAAAGUUUAAGGAGGUUGUGGCUGCUCGUGGUAGGAAGGGAACUGGAAGGUUUGAGCAAGUUGAGCAGCUUACCUUCCUGACAAAGGUUGCGAAGACUCCUGCUCAGAAGCUGGAAAUUCUUUUUAGUGUUAUCUCUGCUCAGUUUGAUGUUAAUCCAGGUCUUAGUGGACACAUGCCAAUAAAUGUGUGGAAGAAGUGUGUGCAGAAUAUGCUUAUCGUACUUGACAUUCUUACUCAGUAUCCUAAUAUUGUGGUGAAUGACACAAUUGAACCUGAUGAGAAUGAAACACAGAAGCCAGCAGACUAUAAUGGGACAAUUCGGGUAUGGGGAAAUUUGGUUGCCUUUGUUGAGAAGAUAGACACAGAGUUUUUCAAGAGCUUGCAAAGCAUUGAUCCGCACACACGCGAGUAUGUUGAAAGACUCAGGGAUGAGCCUAUGUUGUCAGUUCUUGCUCAAGAUGUGCAGGACUAUCUGGAGCGGGUUGGAGAGUUCAAAGCUGCUGCAAAGGUAGCCCUAAGGCGUGUUGAGCUCAUCUAUUAUAAGCCACAAGAGGUUUAUGAUGCUAUGAGGAAAUUGGCUGAACAGGCAGUGGAUGGAGAUGGAGAGAAAGCUGGGGAGGAGGAGAGUAGGGGCCCUUCUGCAUUUAUUGUUGUUCCUGAGGUUGUGCCUCGAAAGCCCACAUUUCCUGAAAAUAGUAGAACAAUGAUGGAUAUUCUUGUUUCCCUCAUAUACAAGCAUGGAGACGAGAGGACAAAAGCCCGUGCCAUGCUUUGUGAUAUUUACCAUCAUGCACUCCUGGAUGAAUUCUCAACUGCCCGUGACUUGCUUCUAAUGAGUCAUCUACAGGAUAAUGUUCAGCAGAUGGAUGUUUUAUCCCAGAUACUCUUCAACAGGGCUAUGGCGCAGCUUGGCCUAUGUGCAUUUAGGGUUGGACUAGUUGCCGAAGGACAUAGCUGCCUUUCUGAACUGUAUUCAGGUGGAAGGGUGAAGGAGUUGCUUGCCCAAGGUGUUUCCCAAAGUAGAUACCAUGAGAAGACUCCUGAACAGGAAAGGCUUGAAAGAAGACGUCAGAUGCCAUACCAUAUGCACAUAAAUCUUGAGUUACUGGAGGCUGUUCAUCUGAUUUGAGCUAUGCUACUUGAUGUCCCUAACAUGGCAGCCAACACCCAUGAAGCUAAACGUAAGGUCAUAAGCAAGACGUUCCGACGAUUGCUUGAGGUGAGUGAGAGACAAACUUUCACCGGUCCCCCAGAAAAUGUCAGGGACCAUGUAAUGGCAGCCACCAGGGCACUUACCAAGGGAGAUUUCCAGAAGGCCUUCGAUGUUAUCAACUCUCUGGAUGUCUGGAAGCUCCUCAGGAACCGGGAGAACGUCCUUGAGAUGCUUAAAGCCAAGAUCAAGGAAGAAGCUUUGAGGACUUACCUUUUUACCUACUCCUCGUCCUAUGAUUCACUAAGCUUGGACCAACUCACCAAAAUGUUUGACAUUUCGGAAGCCCAGACUCACAGCAUUGUUAGUAAGAUGAUGAUCAAUGAGGAGCUUCACGCUAGUUGGGAUCAGCCUACGCGUUGCAUCGUCUUCCAUGAAAUUGAGCACUCGAGGUUGCAGGCUCUGGCAUUCCAGUUAACAGAGAAGCUGUCAGUUCUUGCUGAAAGUAAUGAAAGAGCAAUUGAGACGAGAAUAGGAGGAGGCGGAUUAGAUCUGUCUCAUAGGCGGAGGGACAACCAGGAAUAUGCUGGGACAGGUGCUGAAGCUGGCAAGUGGCAGGACAACUCGUCUUACACUCAGGGAAGGCAAGGUAAUAACCGAUCAGGAUAUGCGGGUGGCGGGAGGAUGUUGGGGCUAGGCCAAGCUGGUGGAUAUUCUAGGGACAGGUCAGGUCAAUCACGAGGAGCAAGCGGAUAUUCUGGAGGCUAUAGGAAUUCAGCCAUGAGGGCUUCCCAGAUGGAUAGUUCAGCACGCAUGGUUAGUCUUAACAAGGGAGUUCGAGUUUAGUUAUAACAGAGCAGUAAUACUAUCAUUCAAAGAGGGUGAAAAAGAAUCUGCGGAUCGGUGGUCGUUGUGUUUCGAAUAGAAAGAGUUUAGUCUGUUGAAUCACCAUCAGUUUUUGGAGGAUCCCUUCAGUUCUGAUCUCUGUUUUGUAGUAAACUGAAAUCUUGCUUUGGUUUUUUUAAAUAUUUAUUGGGAAUGGAAUUGAAUUUUCUUAUGCUUCUCUAAUCAGUUAUGUGCAUUAUUUUUUUUUU